AUGGGAAAUUGUUUUAACAGCUGUCUACCUCAUCAGUCUAGUGCUGCAAGAGCCCUUAGAAAUUUUAAUAUACUUGACAACGAAAGUACUGCUGUUGAUUUUGCAUUUCUCGUCGAAGAGAAUACAUCUUCAAACCAUGAAGAAAAAAGGUCAUGUACCAGUCGAGAUAUUCAACUCCAAUGUCUGGACGCACGUGCUUUAUUACAACGAACUGCAACUUCCACUCCAGCCAGCAGUCUAGAUUUGGAAUGGGAGCAUGAAACUUUACCUGCAUCUAUGAUUCACGAUCCAUCUGGUAGCUCAUGGACAGCACUACCAGAGGACAUAUCUUGCUGUCCAACUACAUCACAUACCCAUAAUUCCGAAAUGAACGCCAACGCAAGCGACUCUGAUUGGUCAAGAGUUUCUUCUGCCAACUCACUAGAAUGGGACAACGUACAAAAUUCGAUACAAGCUGAGGGCAGUCCUCCACUUUCCGAAAUCGAUACUGAUACACAGUUUCUAUUGGGCGAAAUCGAGAGGCUGACAAACAAAACUCUGGAAGAAACGGGAAAGGAGUUAUUUAGCUGA